GGAAAAGAGCCCCAUCUUGGAUUGAAAAAUAGCAGCUGAGAGGCUUUGCGUUUCAGGCGUGUCCCGCUAACCUAAGUGCAGGGGUUACGCGGGCUCCCCCCAGCGACCUCAGCUCGGAGCCCUCCUCCGAACGCACCCGACACCACGUCCCGGACCCGGAUACAACUCACACCCUCUCGUUUCUUGAAGGAAUAUUUACUAAGAGCCAAGUCGCCCAGCCACAGGCUGAGAGAGACCCAGAACCGGCCCUGCCCGGUCCGGAGGCAGAGACGAGCACUAAACAAGCAAGUGUAUUCCAUCCGGACAAAUCUGUUCCACGACCAACCGGAGCCACCAGAGCGCAAACGCCGGAUGGGAGGAUGAAGCGAGAGAGCGCCUUCUGCGCAUGCCCGGGACUAGAGCGCCCGCCGGACUACGCCACCGCGCUGCGUAUGCGCGUGACGUCACUAGCCGGCGCCCGCUGGAAGAGGCGCUGAGCGGUGCACGUGGGUGGCGGCGCGGCGGGCGGGCACAUGGCGAGUUCCGCGGGGCUGGAGCUGUGCGGACAUGCGCUGGUGGUGCGGGGCGGCAGCCUGUUUAUGGCCACUUCCACUUCGAGCAGUGAUGAUGACAGCCUCUUCAUAUAUGAUUGCAGUACUGCGGAAAAGGAGUCACAAGAAUAUAAAGGGGCCGACGGACAGCCCGAGGAUAAGGGGACUGACACGAUUCUGGCGUCCACCUUCUCCAAGUCUGGCAGCUAUUUUGCUUUAACCGAUGACAGUAAGCGUCUGAUUCUUUUCCGUACAAAACCAUGGCAAUGUCUGAGUGUCAGGACCGUAGUGAGGAGGUGCACGGCCCUGACGUUCACAGCCUCUGAGGAGAAGGUUUUGGUGGCGGACAAGUCCGGGGACGUCUAUUCCUUCCCAGUGCUGGAGCAGCAUGGCCCUGGCAGGCUUGAGCUCGGACACCUGUCCAUGCUGCUGGAUGUGGCCGUGAGCCCUGACGACCGCUAUGUCCUCACUGCCGACCGGGAUGAGAAGAUCCGGGUCAGCUGGGCCACGGCCCCGCACAACAUUGAGUCCUUCUGCCUCGGACACACUGAGUUCGUGAGCCGCAUCCUGGUGGCGCCUGGCCACCCUGAGCUGCUCUUGUCCUCCUCCGGGGACCGCACCCUGAGGCUCUGGGAGUACCGGAGCGGCCGCCAGUUGCACUGCUGUCACCUGACCAGCCUGCAGGAGCCAGCGGAGCCCUGGGGCGACAAGAGGUUUGCCGUGUCCAGGAUCACGUACUGGCGCCAGGAGGACUGCGUGGCGCUUCUGUGCGACAGCCUCCCCAUGGUCUACCUGUUCCAGCUCGAUGCCCCCCGGCAGCAGCUGGUGUACAGACAGCAGCUGCCUUUCCAGCACCGAGUGUGGGACGUGGCGUUCGAGGAGGGCCAGGGGCUGUGGGUCCUGCAGGACUGCCGCGAGGAGCCCCUCGUGCUCUGCAGGCCUGUGGGCGGCCAGUGGCAGGCUGUUCCUGAAAGUGCUGUGGUGAGGAGAGUCUCCGCUCACCUCCGUGGGAACUGGGCUGUGCUGGAAGGCUGUGCUGGCGGGGACAGUGGCCUCAGCGGCCUCUACAAGGCCACCUGUGACAACGUGACCUCGUACCUGAAGAGGAAGGAGGAGCGGCUGCAGCAGCAGCUGGAGAGGAAGCGACGCAGGACCUGCCCCCCAGGCCCAGCGGGCCGGCCGCGGAGGUGAAGGCCGGGCGGCACCCGAGACAGCGCGCAGCUGCGGAGGGCCCGGGGGGCAGGGCAGUCCCGCCCUCAGCCCGCGCCUGGGGGCCGUCACCUGGGCUCUAGAACUACUGAGCAGAGGCUCUUCUGCCUGAGUCCAGAGCCCCUCUGGCUGAAGGAAGUCGUGCCGUGUGUCAGCUGAACUGGAGAUGCUCCCUGUGAGCCGGAAGUGCCUCGGACGGAGCCCCUUCCCUUCGCGCUGGAGGGAUGUCACCCCCAGUCGUGGCCCCCGUCCCUCCCGCUCGUCCCGCAGCACCUCCCGUGCCGGCCGUGCCCGCUUCACAGCAGCGCGGGGGAGCAUGUGCUCCUGUCUCCUUGUCUGCUGGGUGGUCCUCCACGCCGCCCAGCAGGCAGCCCCUCGCCUCGGGCCUCCAUGUUGAGACCUCAGAGGAAUUAAAUAGCUCAGGUGUCCCCUAGGGACGUCGUGGAAACGGUGGGCUUGUCUGCGGACGUGUGAGGACGGGGGAGCCCUGGCUGGACGCGUGCUCCACGGGGAGAGGAUGGGUGGUGUGUGUGUUCGUGAUGUUGAUUUAAACUUGUUCGUGUGUUGGAGAGCGGCCGUGUCAGCUGAAGUCUAAUCACCGAUCAUAAAGAUGAGCUUUUCUGCAGCUUCUGGAAGUUUAGCAGCGACACGUGGAACUAAUUCCGAAAUACAUCGAGCAAAACAGUGAUGAGUGUACUGUGUGUGACUGAAACAUUCGCUUUUUGAUUUGAAGAUACUGUUUUGGUGUGGGCUUUCCCAGGGCACUUGGAAACAAAUCGUUUUGUGUAUCAAAAGCUGGGUGCUUCAUAUUUUUCCUAAGUGCCUUGUUUUACUUUAAACACUGAUCUGAAAACAGAGCUGUUCGUGAGCUGCUGAGGGCUGCUUCCCACACGGGGCAUCCGGGCUGCCCUAGACUGGGGGCCGAUUGGACAGAGAAGUCCAGGAACGGGGGCGGGGUGGGCCUGGGACAGAAUGGGGUGCCCAGGAGCCACGUGGGGGCGACCUGGCCACGGUCCGCAUAGAGGAGCCUGACCUCGUCAGCGUUGCACCUGGCGCAGGGCGUGCUUUCAGUAAGGAUCUGCUUUGAAUUCCUGGUUUUAGGAGAAAAUUGGGUUUGUUCUUGAUGGUGACUUGGUCUAAGAUUGAGGUCGGCAAACUGGCCUGCUGGCCAGAUCCUGCCUGUGGCCUGAUUUUCUGUGCUUUGAGCUGAGCAUGGUUUUUACGUGUUUAAAUGGUUAGAAAAUAUCAAAAAAAAAAAAAGUAUUUCCAGAUAUGUGAAAAUCAUAUGCAAUUUAAGUUCCAGUGUCCAUAAAUAAAUUUUUACUGGGACAUGGCCACGCCUGCUCGACUGGGGGGUCAGUGUCGGUGUCGGGCUGUAGCGGCCGAGUGAGGUGGUUGCCAGGGAGACCGGAUGGCCUGCACAGUCCGGCCCUUUACAGAAAAGUGUGUCAAUCCCAAUUUAAGGGCUUUUAAAAAUCCGUGUGGUGGUUCAGACGAACUGGUUAGCUUAUCUCUCCUUGGACCUUCUUCCUCACCUCGUUCACUGUGUUCCCUGGGGGCAGGGGGAGUGGGGCUCUCUGACACCCUGCGCCCAUGGUCAUCCCCGCCCUGCGGGGGUUGGGAGGGCAGCAGAGGGGCGCUGAGGGGUGUGGGAGGCGGUCGCCUCUGCUCCUGGGGGCUUAGUCGUCCCGGAGCCCAGCAGCGCCUUCCCGCAGGGCUGCCGCCUCUGGGGGGGUGAGGGGGGUGCCUCUGGCUCCAGCCCCAGGGGCAGAAAUGGCUUUUUCUUGGUCCCCAAACCCUGUCCACGCCUCUGGGAUCAGUCCUUCCAUCAACGGGCCUUGACAGAUCUCAGCUGAGUGAGCGCCUUGUUCUGGCUGCAGCGUCUGGGGGCUGCUCCGUCCGAGGGAUUCGGGGUACUCCCAGACCUGAGAUUCCUCUGUUCUUUAAAGUCGUCCAUAAUUUAGUGGACCACCCCCUGUUGCUAUUUAGUAAUUCUUCCUAUUCAGUUUUCCCCCUUAAGUUAUCCGUGUGGUUUCUCUCCCUUGACAGAUGCACCUUUCCCCUGCUGCACGUAACGCGUCUCUCUUCCUGGAGUUUAAGGCUUCCCUGCCCGUCACUGGUUGUCCGUCGUUUGAUCAUGAUAUGCUUUGGGAGGGGUGUGUGUGUCCUUUUAGGGUUUCUUGGCAUUUCUUAGAUCUGUGCAUUUAGUUUUUUUUUUUUUAAUUGAAUUUGGAAGUUUCCAGCUGUUACUUCUUCGGGUUUCUCCCUGGCACCUUCUGUCCUUGCUUCCGCAGUCCCGGUGCUUGUGUGUCGGGCCGCUGGACGGGCCCGCGGCCAGCAGCCCCCACCCCGGGCUCCUUCGUGCUCGGGCUUCGUUUUGGGUGGGUUCUUCCCGCUGCUUCACGCCCCCUGAUGCCCGGUGCUGUCUGCGCCACUGUUAACCCAAGGCUGAGUAUUUUCCGUGAUCAGAUACUGUGUUUCUCGUCUCUGUGAAAUUCAUUUUGUCCUUUUAAACAAAUGUCUUCUGUUCCUCUUCUCAUCAUACUUGUUAAAAAAAAUCCUUGAGCAUCUGGUGCGUCCUUAGAAUGAUUGUUUUCCUUUGUGUUAAUUCCGUCUUCUCCGUCAUUCCUGCUGCUUCUGUUGACUGAUCUUCUGCUUACGGCCACGUCUUCCCGCUACUGAGUAUGUCUAGGUGCUAGGUGCCCAGCAUUGUGACGUUUUCACGGUUGAGCACCGAGUUUCACGAUGUUCCUUGAAAGAAUGUCGCUCUGUCCCUGGCAGCAGUUUAGCUGCUGUGGGUCAAGUCCACCUUUCGAGGUCGGGCUUUGAGCUCAUUGGGGCGGCUCUGGACUGGCCCUGGGAGGGAUGGCGCGCUCCCACUUCCGAGGUUGGCCCCCCCAGGGCCCACGCUGAGCAUGCUGUGUAUUCGUGACGUCUCCCCGCAUGGGCUGGCCUGGGGGACCCAGCUCAUCCCCGGGGGUCUGGGAAUGGUUCUUUCCUCAAAAGUCACUCAUGUGAUGUGCAUGGGGUUCCACCCACACGUGCAGGUUGGUGUUUGAUCCAAGACCCAAGAGGACCCCUGGCAGAUCCCGUGAGCUGUGCAGCUCCCUCUUUACAGGUCCUCUGUCCCAGAUUCGAGCUGCCUUGCCUCUGAAUUCCAGUUUCCGUCUCCACUGCGUUGGGGCCUCCCUCCCUGCGCCUUCAGAGAAUUGCUUCCAGGCACAGGUCCUCAGACCCAUGCUGCCUGGCGUCUGGUUGGCCCUGGGGGCGGGUAUCCGGACCCCCAGGCUCUCCGUGGCCUGCAGCUGAGUCCCGUUGUCUUGUGACAAGGGAGGCACAGUGGCCUCUCGUCUAAGCUGCCUGUGAGGGUCCUGGCGUGGUGGCUUGGCAGUGCUUCCUGGGGGGCGGGACUGACUCGAAGCUGAGUGCUCUGGUCUCCCCUGCCGUGUGGGUUGAGCAUCUUUCCGGUUUGGCUGUUGGCUUUCUAGAGGCUUUGUCGUGUGACCUUUCUGGCAAUCAGAUGUGUUCGUUGCUUUGUUUGUGAUCUGGGGUAUUGUCCUGGCCUUGGAAGGGUUUUCUCCACCCCGCACCCCUUUGGAAUGGCUUGUUCUGGAAGAGGUGACAGCAUCGGGGCGGCCCCCUGAUGCGGGGCGGGGCGGGGCGGGGCGGGAGGCUGGCGGGAGGCACUCGUGUGGGGAGACUGCGAUCCCCGCGUCAGAAGCAGUUUAGUUUUGUCCCCCAAACCUGGCUUUUCACCAGGACGUGGGAGCAGCGUGGCGUUCACUCUAAGAUUCAUAGUGAGAUCUGCCAGUUUUUGAAGCAGAAAAUCACAAGCCUGACACUGGAUAUGUUGUGUUUUGCUGAUUCCAAUUCCAUGACAGAAAUGAAGGAGCUAAAACAAUAAAACUGCAUUCGUGGCCCCUCUGGA